GAAGUGCGCCAGUCGGAGCGGAAGUGUAUACUGACUGGGGUCGACCGCGGUUCCGGCAUGGUGGGCGGCGGUAGCGGAGUGGGCGGUGGCCUCCUAGAGAACGCUAACCCCCUCAUCUACGAGCGCUCUGGAGAGCGGCCGGUGACGGCGGGCGAGGAAGACGAGCAGGUUCCGGACAGCAUCGACGCACGCGAGAUCUUUGAUCUUAUUCGCUCCAUCAAUGACCCGGAGCAUCCACUGACACUAGAGGAAUUGAACGUAGUAGAGCAAGUUCGGGUUCAGGUUAGUGACCCCGAGAGCACAGUGGCAGUGGCCUUCACACCCACCAUUCCGCACUGCAGCAUGGCCACCCUUAUUGGCUUGUCCAUCAAAGUCAAGCUUCUGCGCUCCCUUCCCCAGCGUUUCAAGAUGGAUGUGCACAUCACACCAGGGACCCAUGCCUCGGAGCAUGCAGUGAACAAACAGCUUGCAGAUAAGGAGCGAGUUGCAGCUGCCCUAGAAAACACUCACCUGCUGGAGGUCGUGAAUCAGUGCCUGUCAGCACGCUCCUGAACCUGACUUUUGGCCCUCAGCCUGCACACCAGUGUCCUGGCCUCAGCUUCACCCAGGGCUUAUGGCUUGUUUUCUUGAAUCACUGAUGAUGAGAAAUUAACAUUUUGCAUUUUGUAAUAAACCCUUAAUUUAUAUUCAUUUCCCA